AUGCAACAUUUUCUUCUGGUAUGGCUCGAUGCCAAUGCAGACAAGGAUGCUGACGAUUUUCAACAUUCUCUAGCGCAACUUCAAGCCACUAUCUACACAUUAGAAUACGGUUCUGAUCCUGAUCAAUGUGUUGACUAUUUGACAACGAUCGAAGAUGAGAAAAUCUUUUUAAUUGUCCCUAGGGGAUUUGGUGAAAAUACAGUGCUCCUCAUUCACGAUAUGCCUCAACUUGAUACUAUCUUUGGUUUCAAUAGCAAUGCAGAACAACAACCAGAAUGGCCAAAAAGCGAUCCACAACUUACAGAUCUCACUUGCCGAAUACAAGUGGAUCUCGGUGGUCGAGAAUGGUAUUCAAUGGGCCAAUUGCUGCUACAAGUAGGUCAUUUCAAUCAAGCUGAAGAACUCUACAAUGAAUUACUCGAGAUUGCUUCUGACGAAAGCGAUAUAGCACAUAUCUAUCUCCACAUUGGAUUGUCGAAAUGGCAACAAGAUAAAUAUCAAGAAGCAGUUGCUUUCUACGAAAAGGAACUCGCGAUCAUUCGCCGGACCCUCCCGCAAGAUGACCCUACACUCGCGCAUACUUACGCCAACAUCAGUGCAGUGUAUAACAACAUGGGUGACUGCACGAAAGCAAUUGAAUUUUACGAAAAAUCAAAUAAAAUCUAUGAAAUAUCUCUACCUACGAAUCAUCCCGAUUUAGCUGCUUUGUACAACAACAUCGGUGAAGUGGUUUAUGAAAUGGGUUACUACUCAAAAGCACUUUGCUAUCUAGAAAAUGCGAUGACUAUAUGGCGAAAGUCGCUCCCUUCAACACAUGACAAUAUUAAAACCACAAUGAAUAGCAAGGAUCGUGUGAGGAAAAAUCUUUGA